AUGUUUUAUAAGACAGACAUCAACUUGAAUAAUUCAGUCAAUCAGAGGCUUCCACACAUUACACUUCCCCCAAACGUUCCACCACCGCUUGAGUUUCUGCAUAAAUAUAACGGCUCGACAACCGAGAGUCAAUAUCACUACCUUCCGCAACCAUAUCAACAUACAAGCGAUUAUAACAGCAACAUAAGAACAACACCAUCUAGUAGAAUGAAUAACUUGGAGAACACCAUGAAUUAUCAGAAGAACAGCGGAAACACAGCUUCGGAUAGAAAGGAUGAUCAGAUUUCUGUUAAUUCGAUGACAAAUGCAAACUUUUAUCCUACAAACUCAACAGUGAAUGGCAUUGCCAAGUCGAAUAAUAUGAUCAGCACCCAAUAUGUGCCUUCUGGAAUUCAAGGGGUAGCACCACAGCCUCAGAUUCAAGCUGCAAUACAGAGCCAACAGCCAGCAUCUGUAAUGGCGGCAGAAUUACCUACUCAGAUGGCAGUUGUGUCGAAUAUUGUUCCUGGUAUGAAGAAUGAAGUGGCUGCAGACGGUAAAGUGAAAAAAAGAAAGAGAGGAAGACCUAGAAAGCACCCGAUAACACAAAAGGAAAUUGAGCUAAAAAAGCUCCGGAGUAGCGGGAUUAAGAGAAAGAGAGGCAGACCAAGACUUCCACCUCUCGAAACAAGGCAGAAGUCUAAGUACACCCGUCAUAAGAAGAAAAAUAAGACCGGAGGGUCUACUGAGAACGGCAAGAAAUGA